AUGUCUGACCUCGGCCGCAAAGAUUUCUCUACCAAGGCUAAGGAGGAGCUCACUCCCGACCACUCCAAAUCCGCCGCCCAGAGAGUUAAGGAGGGCGUCACCGACACCACCGACCGCGCUGCUGCUGGCGUCAACCCCGACAGCAACAAGAGCACCACCCAGGAGGCGUUUGACAAGACCCGCCGCGAGAAGGACCACCAGACCAACGAUGGGCCAAUUGACAAGGUCAAGAAUGCGCUCGGAUUGGACAAGCACUAA